AGUGUGAGAAUUAGCCAAAAUUUAUGGUGAUAAUCUGAAAAAUCAUUGAUAAAAAUAAUUUAUUAGUUGUUGAUGUGUUUAAAACAUAAAUUUUCAUUUGAGUGUAAUUUGUAAUUAAUUAAAAAAGUACAUAUUUACAUAAUUGAAAAAAAGGUAGAAAGAAGUAGCAGUAAACAACCAGCCAUUAAAUACAAAUUAAAUAAAAAGCACAAGUUUGAAACAAUUUAAAACCAAAACAAAAUAUUUUACAAGUUUUGUAAAAAUAAAUAAAACAACAAGCACUUAAGCAAAAACUUUAUUUAAGGCUUGUGUAAAGGAUUAUUUUUGUUUGCGUGUCUGUAGUUGAAUCCUUAGAGCUAAACGGAGACGUUGUUGUGGCAGCAACAGCAGCAGUACCAGCACCAGCAGUAGAAGACAAGUGUUGCUUAUUGCUCAUUACAAAGGGGAUAUUAAAAUUAUUCGAAAGUUUAAAAGUUUCUACUCGAGAGUAUAAAAGAUGCUUACAAUUUGACGUUAAUCCAAAACAACACUAAAAUUCAACGAAAAAAACAAAGGAACUUUCCUUCAGUAUUUCAGUAUUAAAUCGAAAACAUUUUGUGUUCCAAGAAAUCUCCUCAACAUGUUGUAUUGUUUGGAAUUAUUUUUGUUAACUUUUAUGUUAUUGCAAGAUUUUACCCAGAGUCUACGCUUGGUCGAAGUACGAAUACCAAAUUACGUUAUUAAGGGUUCAACAGCACAAUUGGAAUGCCUUUACGACUUGGAUGGCGAAGCAUUGUACUCGGUGAAAUGGUACAAGGAUGGCAAUGAAUUUUAUCGAUAUGUACCCAGGGAUAUGCCGCCAGCACAGACUUUCAUACUGCCAGGUGUUUCAGUUGAUGUUCAUAAUUCAAGCGAUGCCAUUGUAACGUUACGUGAAGUAAAUCUACAAUCAGCUGGACGAUUUCGCUGUGAGGUAUCGGGUGAAGCGCCAUCAUUUCAAACUGUUACUGAACAUGGUGAUAUGGUUGUUGUAUCUCUUCCCGAUCAGGGUCCUCCCAAAAUUAGUGGUGGACGCCCCCGUUAUCAAAUCGGCGAUUGGGUGCGCAUCAAUUGUACUGCGGGUCGUUCAAAACCUGCUGUGCAAUUGUCUUGGUUUGUUAAUGGCGAUGCGGCCGAACCUCAUACGCUGCGUAAAUACGAUACAAUUAUAUCGGGUCGUGAGGGUUUGGAGACAUCGGUGCUGGGUUUACAAUUUCGUGUGGAACAGCAUCAUUUUCGUAAUGGUGAUAUGAAAUUGAAGUGUGUCGCCUCAUUGUCCACAUUCUACUGGCGCAGCAAUGAAGAAUCCGUCGAAGGUGAUCGACCACAAAAGGCGCCCGUCCUAGAGUCACGCGAGACCGUGUAUGCCAGUAACUCACGUGCCGAUCCCGUACAAGGUAUGUCAUUGCGGGAAAGUUUUGUUACCAAAAUUUUAUCGUUUUUCAUUCAACCAAAUGCAGCCAAUAAAACGGAUUCAUCUGUCAGUAUAAAGCCCAUCACAAUAAUAUUACUGAUAGCCAUGGCUUUAAUAACCACAACAGGUUGUUUAGAGCAAUUCUACUUGAGCAAUAUCUUACGAAUUGCCACAAAACCAUCAGCACAACACAAUUUAAGACAAGCUAAAAAAAUAGUAAGAAAUCAUUGUUGCAAUAAAAAUGAUGAUGACGAUGACGAUGACUGUGAGGAUGCUGAAGUUAUAAAUAAUGAGAAAGAUGAUAAAACACAACAUAGAAAGCUAGAGAUUUGUUCGAAAAACAAACUUGAUGAAGAAGAGAAACUUAAAAGAAUGAUGCAUUUUAAUAAGGAAACAACAAGUCUGCCAAUAAUGUUAAAAGCAGCAACAAUAACAACAUCUUUAGACAUGGCAACACAAAUCACAUCAAUAUAUUUAAUACAACAACUGGCUACAACUUUAGAGACUUCCGUUUCCUUGAAAACAACUACAAAAUCUUGCUCCUCAUCUGCACUAACAUGUUCGUCAUCAUCAUCCUGCAGCUCCUCCUCCUCUUCCUUGUCAACAACAAAACCCCACGUAAAGAGUUUAAAAUCAAGGUAGCUAUUUAAUUAAAUGGAUUUUCUCAAAUCUUAUUUUCUUUCCAUUUUAUUAUACUCGUACUGCUUUUAUUUUAUAUAUAAUAAAGAAUUGAUUUUUUAUUAAAAAAAAAACAUUAAGUACAUUAGAUUUUUAGUUCCUUAUAAUUUUUUAUUUAAUUAAAAAAACUAAGAAAAUCUAAAAAAAAUACCAAAAAAAAAAUUCAACAAAAUAUAAUAUUUUUUAAAUCUUAAGUUUUAAGUAUUUCGGGGAAUAUCCAAAACGGAAAUAUAAAAACAAAUGUACAUAGUCCUUGUUAAAUUUUAAGAGUUUUAAAGAUAAUUACUGAAAAGCCAUAUUAAUUAUUAAUAAAAUAAUAUAAUUAAAGAAAAAGGAAAAGAAAACUAUAGUUUUUUUUAUUUUUAAUCAAAAUGUUGUAAUUUUAAGCGUAAUUAAAUGUGUGUGAAUCAAAACAAAACAAAAAUAUGCUCGUAAAAUGGUCGAUUUUGUCUUAACUUCUUAUUAGUCUUUUAAGUCUAUUAGUAUUGUAAGUAAAUUUUAGGUAGUCUGAUAAAUUAAUAAUAAAAAAACAUAUGCAAUUUUUAAAUACAUUUUUAGGCAGGGGUGUAAGUAACUGGUAAGUGGUACUUUAGAGGGUUUUUAAAAGUUAUGAACUGAAAGAAUAAGGGCAACUUAUACUUGAGUUUAUGGUUGUGCUGUAAACUGAUAAAGAAAGCUUUAAAGUUGUUAUAACUUUAGAAAACACUUCAGCCUAGGAAAGCUUCUAAUAAAAGCUUUUAGUCAACUUCUCCUUUAACUUCUGAGUAAAGCUUUAAAACUGCUGAUAAAAUACUGUAUUCACAAACUCAUUCAUUAAAACGUUCAAAGGCUACUUUGGCAUCUCAAUAGUUUUUGGCUAUACAAAAUUUUGUAUAUAACAUUCUUCAAUUUUAAAGCACAAAUAUUCCGAUAGAAAAUCAUUUGACAGUAUUUGAUUAAUUUGAUCAAUUC